CUGCUGACAACCAUACAAGUCACCGUGUUGCCAUUGCCAUUCAGUGUAUAUGUUUUGUGAUUUUUCCUUUACCGCAAAAAAUGUGCCGACGUGUGGCUUGGAACAAUGCUGCUCCGAAAUAAUUAAUAUAGUUCCGGUUUCUGUCACCCAUGUUUCAAGAUUGGAGUGGGUUAAAAAAAUACAGUUCCAAAAGAUGUUGAUGGUCAAAUUCUAAGUCAACCGAUUAGUCAUUCUGAUGUUGCAGUUUCAUUGAAGGAAUGAUCUGUUGGUUUCUUAGCAAGCAUUUGUGAUUCUCCUUCAACUUCGGCAGCAAGUCAUGUAAAUUGCCUGCCUAAAGAAGUACCAAAGACUUGACAGAUGUAAGUACAAUUGAACAUGAUCACUGCUAUUCUAAGCCAGAUUUUGUGGUACAGACUCAUUAUCAAGAUAAAUAUAUAUUUCUGUCAGACACUUGGAGUUCAUGCCUCAUACAAUUAGAAGUAAAAGUGAAUUAACAGAAAAGGAAUCUAAAAUGUAUCAAAUUCAGUUGAAUGUCACCAGGUAAAUCAUUUUCGAAUAUUUGCUUCUGGUUUUUUAAUUGUUUCAUGUACCUCCAUGGAUGAACCAUCACAAACCCAGCUGAGACAUACCUGACCAGGACAUGUUUACCAUAUUGUGAUAGAAUUGUGUUUUAUUUUAUUUUUUAGAAUUUUAUGUUGAGUUAUUAAAUUACUAUAUUUGGCCUGUACCAUAUACAUACCGGCUUUACUCAUGUAAAAUAAAUGUAAAAUUUGGAAAUUAAUGUUUAUUCAGAAGUAUAAUGUUAUGUUUGAUUAACGAAAUCUUGUACCCUUCACAUACAGAUUUCACAAUAUUUUUGUUUUUGAAUUUUUGUUGAGUGUGGUAUCAUGGGUUUUUUGUAGUUUCCUUAUGAUCGUAUAUUCGAAUUAUUAUUCAGAAAGCUCCCAUGGGGGUUUCUGAGAUUCGUCAUUGCACUAUAUUGCUAAUGCACCACAUUACGUUAUCUACCAGAAUAAAGGUUAUUUUUCCUAA